AUGCGUGCCUUGCUGGAGAAGCUUCCGUCGGUGAAGCGAGUGGCCCUGGUGGAUGCCUUGGGCUACGACGGAUCCGAGCAGGCGAAGGGUGCGGAUUGGAGCUCCGUGACCAUCGCGGACACAAAGAUUGCCAAGUUGAUCGAGGGGAGGGUGCGGGAGCAGGCCUACUCACUUGCCCGCACAGGUACCCUUAGCCUGCCAGGCUUCCCGAACUUUGAUGCUUUGACUGCCGGCCUCCGAGAGACUGCGGGGCCGACGAACCUGGAUGCGGCUGACUUCAAGGUCACAAGGCCUCUACCAGACGGCGACCUGGCUUGGGUGGAAAGCUUCUACAAGAAGUUCGAGGGCUUCGACGACAUAUCCGAAGACAUUCGCACUGCUAUGGAGGAGCACGACAAGAAGUACAACCCGCAGAAGAAGCGGGUGCGCGAGGAUGCGGGCACAGAUGAGUCGGAGGACUCUGCGGCUAAGCGGAUCAAGCUCGUGGAGCACGAGGAGCCCCUCACGAGCAAGCACAUCGCCGAACUCCAGAAUCCGUCGGUUCUGAACGUGAGCGGCACUGUUCGCUUCAUCCACGAGAUGGAAAGUGGUGACAAGUUCUGGGCGGAGGUGGACGAGGCGACGACCUUCCUUUCCGGCAAGUUGAUUGCAAGCUUUGGCAGCGGCACCUUCAUGGAUGGCAAAGAUGCCGCGAAGACGCUGGCAGAGAUCGGCAGCGAGGACGACGGCGGGAGACUGUUGAAGUUCCAUUUGGACUUCGACAGCCUGUUGAUCUUGGAGAAGAAGAAAAUCGCGUCGCACCUCGCGGACCUGCCCUAUCUUGAUAAGCCGACGCCGGUGAAAACGCUUCUCAAAGCCAUGGAGGACCAUGGGGAG